AUGCCUGCUGGCUCGGGCAAUACUGCACCAACCUUGACCAGUAUCACCAUUUUCUUCUUCUGUUGGGCACUGUUCACCUUUGCUUUGCGACUCUAUGUGAAGCUUCCGAAGCGUGAGCUGUGGGCAGUCGACGACACGGUCGUUGCAUUGGCGCUCCUGGCGGCGCUCGCCAAUCUCAUUGCUACAACGCAUGCUGUAAACCACGGCUAUGGCGCUCCGUGGUCUGCUCUCGCCAAUUUAGCGGUCGUCGAGAAGGUUCGCCACAGAAGCACGAUCGUACGACAUGGUCUGGAUCUGACGCAUUAUCUCCAGGCGUUAUAUGCUGCACAGCUACUAUACGUGGUGUCCAUGGGGGGUAAGGAAGAUCUGAUCGAUAGCUGGCAUCAGCCGUGCUGA